AUUUUCAUUGAUUUCUAUUUUUCUAUUGAAAUAUCAAAAUGAACUCUAAUUGUAAGCGACCCGAAGUGACCAUCGAAAUGGCUUCAAGUCUGGUUGAAAAGUAUUUCAAUGUAAAAGUGACCAAAGUGACCGAAGCAAAUGGUUAUGAUGAUCGUAAUUUCAUCAUAACAAUUGAGAAAGAAUUAGUUAAUCAUGGUAAUCAAUUUGUUCUCAAAGUAACAAAUCCCAUUGACUCAGCUGAUCAAGGAUUAAUUGAGGCCGUUACCGAUGUGUCUCUUUAUGUUAAUCAUAAGGAAGGAAUUGAAUCUCCAGUACCGAUGAUUAAUGUAAAUGGCAAUUAUGUUGAAAGAAUUGAAUUAGAAUCUAAGCAAAUUUGUGCCGUUCGAUUGAUGAAAUAUAUCGAUGGAAUUGUUUUAGAAAAAAUUGAUUAUGAUGCUGAUAUUUUGUACGAAAUUGGCUCAGUGGUUGGUCGUUUGUCGUUAAUUAUGAAGAACUACACUAACCCGAUUUUAGAUAAACGCGAGAUGUUGUGGUCACUUUUAAGUGUCGAUAAACUGGACGAAUAUCUUUUUGCAAUUGAAAAUGAUGGACAUCGAUUAUUGGUUCAUAAUAUUAUUGAAAAAUUUAAGGAGAUUGUUAUUAAUAAAGUUUCCACUCUUCGAAAAUCAAUAAUUCAUGGUGAUGUUAACGAGCAAAAUGUUCUGGUCAAAAAGGAAGAUGGUAAAUGGACAUUUUCUGGUCUCCUUGAUUUCGGUGACUCUCAUUCAGAUCCGACCAUUUUUGACCUUGCAAUCGCUUGUUGCUAUAUGACCCUUGAUUCUCGAGUAAUUGAUCCAAUUAUGGUUCCAAAAUAUGUCAUCUACGGUUAUCUAAGUGUAGAGAAAAUAACUCAACAAGAAUGGGACAUUCUACCGAUUUGUGUUAUGGCUCGAUUAAGUCAAUCUCUUACGCUCGGUGCUUACAAUCAUCUGAAGGAUCCAAAUAACGAGUAUCUUUUGAAAACUGGUAAAAGAGGCUGGACAAUCUUGGAGCAAUUAAAUUCCGUUGGAGUUGAUCAAUUGAAGAUUUUGUGGCAAAUAUAAUUGUUGACGUUGAUAUACAAUUCGAUAAAGGAGGACAUCAAAAAGAAUAGGAAAAUUGCCCAUCGCAAAAUUUUGACGCAAUGCAUUUUCCAAACACAACUUUUUAUGCUGGAUUCAAAAAUGACAUCAGUUUUUCGCUAUCAUUUUUUCUUUUUGAGAUAUUGUGAUUUUUUCAUAGAAAUGCUGCAAGUAUAAUUAA